AUGCCCAGCCAUGUGACUCUCCAGGUCCCAGCACACCCCCUGGAGGCCUUUGUCCAUGAGGUCAGCAAUGUUCAACGUACACAUGUGGGGGCAUCCGAAGCCCUGCAGGCCGUGCACACACUCCCACCUGAGCAGAGCGGUGACACCCCCAGCUCUUCAGCCCAAGUUGUCCUGCCUAAGCAGGGGGACUUUCUCAAUUCCUCAGCAAAAGCCAUCCCGUCCGAGCAGGCUGACACUCCCAGUUUCCCACAAAAAACCAUCCUAUCAAAAGAGAGGGAAAUUCUCGAUUCCCCCCAGAAGAACAUCUUGCCCAAGCAGGGUGCCACCCUCAAUUCCUCAACCCAAACCAUUUCACCAAAGCAGAGUGACAUUCCCAAUUUCCCAGAAAAAAACAUCCCACCAAAAGAGGGUGACAUUCUUAAUCCCCCCAGUAAAACCACCCUGCACAAGCAGGCCAACAACCGCAAUUCUUCAGAAAAAACCACCUCACCCAAGCAGGGCGACACCCCCAAGCCCUCAGCCAAAAUCAUUUUGCCCGAGGAGGCUGAUGCCCCCAUCUCCCCAAUCCAAACCAUUCUGCCCAAUCAGAAUGCCUCCAAAUUCUCAGAAAAAGCCAUCUCAACAAAAGAGGGUGACAUUUUCAACUCCCCAGCCAAAUUCAUUCUAUCAUGGCCGGCUAACUCCCCCAAUUUCCCAGCCAAGAUCAAUCCAUCACGGCAGGCUGACUCCCCCAAGUUCCCAGCCAAGAUCAUCUCACUCAAACAGGCUGACUCCCCUAACUCCCCAAACCAAAUCCCCCCACCCAAGCAGACCGACUCCCCCAGUUUCCCAGGCAAAAUCAUUCCAUCACAGCAGGCUGACUCCCCCAAGUUCCCACUCAAAACUACCCUGCACAAGCAGGUGGACAUCCCCACUUCUUCAGAAAAAAGCAUCUCACCCAAGCAGGGCAAUGCCCCCAAUUUUCCAGCAAAAUUCAGUUUGCCCAAGAAGAGCAAAACCCACAAGUUCACAACCAAAGCCAUUCUGUCCAAGCAGGGUGACACCCCAAAGUCCUCAGCCAAAACCAUCCUGCCCAAGGAGGGUGAGACUCCCAAGUCCUCAGCGGAAACUGUUCUGCCCAAGGCGGGUGAGAUCCCCAAGUCCUCAGCCGAAACCAUUCUGCCCAAGGAAGGUCAGGCUCCCAAGUCCUCAACCAAAACUGUUCUACUCAAGGAAGGUGAGACCCCCAAGUCCUCAGCCGAAACCAUUCUGCCCAAGGAGGGUGAGACCCCCAAGUCCUCAGCCGAAACCAUUCUGCCCAAGGAGGGUGAGACCCCCAAGUCCUCAGCCGAAACCAUUCUGCCCAAGGAGGGUGAGAUCCCCAAGUCCUCAGCCGAAACCAUUCUGCCCAAGGAGGGUGAGACCCCCAAGUCCUCAGCCGAAACCAUUCUGCCCAAGGAGGGUGAGACCCCCAAGUCCUCAACUAAAGCCAUUCUACUCAAGGAGGGUGAGACCACCAGGUCCUUAGAGGACACAGUCUGGCCCCCAGAAGGUAAUAGCCUGCAGUCAGAGGAAGACACAGAGCUCCUGGAUGACAACCUGGUGAAGGUGAUCCUGAGCAAAGACGACUUCAAGGUGGCGCUAAAGGAGGCUGGGGAGCAGCUGGUGGCCGUGGACUUCUCGGCCACGUGGUGCCAGCCCUGCAAGACCAUCAAGUCCUUCUUCCAGGCCCUGUCCCUGAAGCACGAGGAUGUGGUGUUCCUGGAAGUGGAUGCCGACAAGUGUGAGGAACUGGUGAGAGAGUGCAAGGUCGAUUGCGUUCCAACCUUUCAGUUUUAUAGAAAAGAAGAAAAGGUGGGCCAGUUUUCUGGUGCCCUGCACGAAAAACUUGAGACACUCAUUACAGAAUUAAAGUGA